AUGUCGCUCUCCGCCCGCGCCAACAAGCUCACGGCGCCCGACCCCAACUUCUUCUUCAUCCAGGUCCUCGCCGACCUGUACGACGCCCAGACGAACCAGCGCGGCUAUGUCAACCUCGGCGUCGCCGAGAACACGCUGCUCCAUGAGCGCUUCAUGAAGCACAUGCGCGCCAAGCUGGAGCCCGAGGACGGCAUCCCCGCCAUCGCGCUCACCUACGGCGACGGCUACAAGCGCCUCAAGCCCACCGUCGCGCGCUUCCUCACGCGCCAGCUGCGGCCCGUCCGCGCCAUCACGCCCGCCGACGUCUUCGUCAGCAACGGCUGCACCGUGGCUAUCGAGAACCUGUCGUGGGCGCUCGCCAACCCGGGCGACGCCAUCCUCAUCGGCCGGCCCUACUACGGCGCCUUCCCCACCGAUGUCGGCAAGCGGACCGGCGUCGAGCUCCGGCCCGUGGCCUUUGGCGCCGGCGUCGACCCCAUGGGCCUCGCCGCCGUCGACCCCAUGGGCCUCGCCGCCGUCGACCCCAUGGGCCUCGCCGCCGUCGAGGCUCACCGCGCUGCCAUUCUUGCCGCCAAAGACCGCGGCCAGCGCAUCGCCGCCAUCAUCCUCGCGCACCCGAAUAACCCGCUCGGCCGGUGCUACCCGCGGGACGUGCUCCUCGCCUACAUGCGCCUCUGCCAGGAGCAUCGCGUGCACCUCAUCAGCGACGAAAUCUACGCCCUGUCCGUCUUCGAGAACGCCUUUGACACGGAGCCCGCGCCUGUGCCCUUCGAGUCGGCCCUGUCCAUCGACGUCAACGGCAUCAUCGAUCCGGAGCUCGUCCACGUCAUCUGGGGCAUGAGCAAGGACUUUGGCGUCAGCGGGCUGCGCAUGGGCUUCGUCAUCACGCAAGGGAACUCGCCGCUCAAGGGCGCCCUGCAAAACGUCUUUGAGUUUGGCUGGACAAGCUCGCUGUCAGAUCUCGUGACGGCCAACGUGCUGGACGACGACGAGUGGGUGGACACUUUUAUCCGAGACAAUCGCCGCCUGCUCGGCAAGCAGCACGCCAUCGUGCUCCGCUGGGCGCGGGACAACGGCAUCGAGUACACCCCUGGCAGCAACGCGGGCUUCUUCGUAUGGGUGAAUCUCGGCGCCGCGUACCUCAAGAACCGGGUCGCCGACGACGAGAAGCAGCAGGUGGACCUGGACAAGGACGUCAUGGACAGCCUGCUCAAGGAAAAGGUCUUUCUCGCCGACGGCGUGCGGUUCGGCGCCGAGGAGCCGGGCUGGUUCCGCAUCAUCUUUGCGCACGAGACCGAGUACCUGGAGCUCGGACUAGAACGCAUCCUAGCUGCGGUGGGCGGCAGCGUCAGCAAGAAGGAGAGCUCCGAACUGCCAUAUAGAACAAACGGCGUCAACGGCGUCAACGGCAAAGCAUAG